AUGGGAGGGAAAGGAAAAAAGAGGAGAGAGAAAAACUACUUAGCUGCUCACGGCGGACCGGCGAGACUACCGCCGCCGCCUGAUCGUUCGAAGCAAGAUGCUCUUCCUUCCAAGCUCCGUGAACUCAUGAAAUACACCUCUCCUCCUCCUCCCCAAGAUUCUACUAAACAAGUUGUAGAGAAGAAAGAAAAGAAUACGAAAGCCGGAGCAGAUGCUGCUAAGAAUGUCAAGCCUGGGAAUGACAAAAAGUCGGAAGCAAAGGUGGUUGAGGAAAAUAAAGCUGAGGGAUUCACAACCUCUUCUGAUCAGGAGAGUGAUGGAGAUGACAGAACGCAGAAGAAGGGAGAUGAAAAGAAGAAGAAAAAGAGGAAGAGGAAUCAAAUGACCGACCUUCGUUUCGAAAAGGAACUUGCAGAGUUGGAUGGUCGUUCUAAGAGGAAAGAACGCAAGAAGAAGUAUUGGGAGGCCAAGAAGGAGAAGAAGAAUAAUAAAGGAAAGACAGAAGAUACACUCCGAGAGAACUUCCCGAAGCAUGAACAGAUAAGAUUUGGCGAUGUUGUGCAAGCUCCACCAAAGUUGGCUGUUCUUCCAAAGGCACGAAAGACUCCUAUGAGUGCUUCGAAAGAGAGGCAGCGAUUAGAAGCCAUUGACGCUUACAGAUCUCGCAAUGGUUGGACUGCAAGACCUGGUGUUGAGAUUCCUACCGUGCUCAUGCCAUAA